AUGGCCAAGUCCAAGAACUCGUCUCAGCACAACCAGAGCAAGAAGGCUCACCGUAACGGUAUCAAGAAGCCCAAGACCUACCGUUACCCUUCCUUGAAGGGAACCGACCCCAAGUUCCGCCGCAACCACAGACACGCUCUUCACGGCACCGCCAAGGCUUUGAAGGAACGCGACGAGGGCAAGCGGGAGAUUGCUUAA